AGAUGGAUAGAUAAGACAGGUGCCAUAUUUUGGCUGGGUAGUAGCCCUUGUACAACCAUGGUUUUAUGUACUGCUAAACUAGUUCCAAACCCACUUUAUGUACACAUAUUAAAAUGAUUUUUUAAAAGCUUCUAUCUCUCAGUCAUCUCCAUUUAAAGGGGAGUGUCUGGUAGCAAGCCAAGGAAAGAUUUGAGACCCUUGAGAAUUUCUGCCAGUGUGAAAUCAGUAAACUGAAUGAAGAUUUGAUGCUCAGCAUCAUUUUAAGGAGCUCCUUUAAAAAAUAUUUGCUCUGGAAAACAUGAACAGAAAUCACAGGUUUCAUAAAAAGGGAUAAGCAUUAUGCUGAACAGAGAUGGGGAAAUGAAGCCAUGAUGAAAACUGAUGAAACUCAAACACUUUGAAAGGGGAUUGUGCCUUUCACGUGAAAUUGAAUAUUAUCAGGCAAGGAUGCAAGGAAAUAUAAUAGCAUAUAAGGGCUUUCUGUCUAUGGCAGGAAAAGGUUCAGUUACAAGAAUAUUGUCCUGAUUGCUAGUGGUAUUCAGUGAAAUGUUUCUGGGGAUCAUAGGCUUGCACAGAUGGUUUGUGUUUCACCUUCCUGAAGGUUUGUCAUAAAAGGGCAUUUGCCUGUGACUGGCGGAUGAGGUGGUAGUACUUUCAGAAUGCAGCUUGAGUGAUGAACAGUCUGUGGGAGGGGCUUAAUGCUGAGUGGGUGGGUUUACCUGGUUGCUAGGUGAUGAUUGUGAUCUAUGGGACCAGGAUUAAUCUCAAGUGAGCCCAGAUAACUGGUCUGAUGAAUGGGUACCAUUCAAGUCUCUUGUCAUUCUCACCAUGACAUACUCACUAGAAUUUGGCCUUGUUAAUGCGGCCAACCGGUACCUGACUGCUGAACCUUUCCGUUUCCAGGUGGCAGCCACAGGCAAGCAACUGAAGCCUCGUCAGUUGUGGGUACUGCAGUUUGUGAGCCCACAGGGAGCUGGGGCAGCUGGCCCAGGAGAAGGGGCUGGCCAAAAGCUUCACCUGAUCAGUGCACUGAAACGCUACUUGGCGGCUGACGCAAACGGAAAAGUCACCUGUGACCAGGACAAACCAGGGCCUCAGACCUUCUUUCUCUUGCAUCAGUAUCCAGAUGGCAAGGUGUCCUUGCAAAAUGAACAGUCCAAGCGCUACCUGGGUGGAGCAGAGGAGAACGUCACCUGCUUUGCCCAGGCUGCCACUGAAACUGAAAAAUGGACCCUCCACCUGGCUGUGCACCCCAAUGUUGCCAUGUACAACCCCAACAGGAAGCGUUAUGUGCGGUGUGAUGAUAAAACGGGGGUGCUGCGCUGUGACCGUGACAUGCCCUGGGGGGCUGAAUCAGUCAUCACUAUCUACUAUGAUUUCAGAGUAAAGAAGUAUGGAUUGAGGAAUGGGGCUGGCAAACUGUUGGCUUCCAACGGCUCACUGGUACCAGAUGUUACCCCACAAACUUUGUACUCCCUGGAGGUGCAUGGCGGCUUGGUCGCUCUGCGGGAUGAGGAGGGAAAGUACUUGACUGGGCGAGAGGGUAGCAUGAGAACCGUAAAGAUGGACAAACCUGGACGGGAGGAACUCUUCAGCAUGGAAUCCAGCCCUGCCCAGGUCUCUAUGCGCUCUUCUUCUACUAACAAGUUCAUUUGCUGCAGGCCAGGUGCUGAUCUCUAUGCCAAUGCUAUGGCUGUCGGCAACACAGAGAUCUUCCAGGUGCUGUUUGAUGACACCACAAAGAAGGUCUGCUUCCGUAGCCACAGCGGCGCGUAUAUGUCCUUGGGUCCUAAUGACUGUAUUAACAGCAACACCAAACAGGACAGGAAUGUCUGGUUCGACAUCCAGUACCAAGACCAAAAGGUGUGUCUCCGCAUAGCAGACAAGCAAGUGUCCAUGCGGCCCAAUGGACAGCUCCUGGCAAUUCCCAAAGCUGCAGGGAAGAGUGAAGAUUUCCUGCUGGUGCUGGUGAACCGGCCACUGCUUGUCCUGCACAGUGAUGCCGGCUACGUGGGUCUGUGUUCUGACAUGAGGAAGUUGGAAGGGAACUGCGUCAGCUAUGUUGCCAGCAGCCUGUCGCUCACCGAGGAAGGCUACUACAACUUCCAAGUUGGCAGCAAGUACUGGGCUCUGGAUAACGAUGGACAAAUCUUGGUAAACAGUGACCGUCCCAGCAAUUUCACCAUCCAGUUUGCAUCCUCCAGCUGCCUGAUCAUCAAAGCACCCAACAACAAGUUUUUUUGUGGCUGAGCAAGGAGGCCGACUAUGGGCAGGGGCUUCAGACGCAUCUGGAGCAACACUGUUCCAUUUCUGAGAGCAUCUGACCCUGCUCUUCCCACCAAUAAACUUUUUCUGUGUGGGCUUACUUCAUGCUUAUCUCAACUGAUGCCCAAUUGGCCCAUGUGUUAGACCUCUUGGAAAUGACCCUUCCUCCGUAGAUCCUUCCUCACACAGGGCAUACUUGAACUCUAAAUGAAGGCUCUGCUACCUACAGCAGACCCAAGCCAGGACCCUUGAAUGUGAAUUUCCUUAUGCAAAAACUUUCUGUGCCCAUGAGGUCCCUUCUGAACCGCCUUCAUGCAGUUAGGAUUAUUUGCAAAGCCUCAGUUAUCUUAAAGAUCUGUACCUCUCUUCACCCCAAGAGGGUUCCCCCACGCUUCUAGGAGCACCGCUGUUCUCCCAUUGUACCAAUGUUUGUCUGAAGCUCCACAUAGCUACAGUAGUUUAAAAAUAAAUAUUUAUUCCUAGGA